AUGAUACGGUACCAGAUACGGAACGAGUAUGGGCUGGCGGAUCCGGAGAUGUACGCGGCCCCCGGGGACGGGGAGGAGGAUGACCCGGAGGCGCUCCUCGAGGGCGUCGCCAUGGCCGGCCUCGUCGGCGUGCUCCGCCAGCUAGGGGAUCUCGCGGAGUUUGCAGCUGAAAUUUUUCAUGACCUUCACGAAGAGGUUAUGGCUACUGCUUCUAGAGGACAUGGUUUAAUGCUCCGGUUGCAGCAAUUAGAGGCAGAAUUUCCAGCAGUUGAAAAGGCUAUUAUAUCUCAGACUGAGCACUCAAAUUACCCUCAUGAUGAUGGAAUUGAGUGGCAUGCUAAUCUUCAACUUAAUCAGAAUGUGAUCACACAAGGAGAUAUGCCUCGUUUCAUUAUGGAUUCAUAUGAAGAAUGCCGUGGCCCACCACAAUUGUUCACGUUGGAUAAGUUUGAUGUUGCUGGUGCUGGAGCCUCCUUAAAACGAUAUUCAGACCCCUCUUUGUUCAAGACGGAACAUGCCUCCAACAUGAUAGAAACGGAUGUUUUAAUUGAAAAGAAACCUCGUAGAAUUAAGAAGAAGGCCAUGCGUUGGAGGAAAGGGGCAACUCUUGAAUCAUUACUCACUGCAAACUCUGAGCCUCACAUUACCCCCAAGGAUCGAAGUUCUAGGAAAGUUCCACCUAGGACAACAAAGUUGAAAUCCAGGCAACCACAGACUCCUGAUCAUAAAACUACUAGCAGAAUCUGGCGGGAGCAUCUGCAAGAAGUAAUUUCAUCGCAGCAAAAAAUCAUCUCCAGAUAUUCGGCGAGGCAUUACCAUGUGAAAUUUAGAUCAACUGACUCAAGUGAAACUGCAUCUCCUUUUGUAGAAAUGGACAAUUUUGGUACCCUUCAAUCUUCUGAUAAAUUGGAUCUGACAAAAAUUGUUCCAGUAAACGAAUCUGAUGCCGUGGAGACUAAAUCUGAACCCACUGAUGGACCAGCUUACUUGGAGCUAGGGGAUAAACGAAUUCUGGGGAAACAACAUGAACCUUUUCAACAAAAUGGCAUGGUCCAUGGCUCAGAAAAGGUGCAGGAUUGUCCAAACUUGGAUGUUGGAGAAAGUAAUAACAGAUCACAUUUGACAUGUGAAGAGAAACCCCUAUUGGCUGGGGUUCCUGCUGAUCAGAAAGAUAUUGAUGGCCGCAGGGCUGAUGACAUUGUGAGUGAUCAAGACAACUUCAUCGAUGCUUGUAAUGACAUGGACUCGGAAGAUGAAGAAGAUCCUGAAAUGGAAACUGAAUGUGAUCCCAGUGCCAGCGUUGAACUGGUUGAAUUGAACUGUCACAACAAGGAAGGUGAAAAUGCAUUGUAUGCAGAACCUGCAGAAGUAGGUCCUGCAAUAGACUCGUCAACAGGGUUGGACAAUUCAAGCAGUGGUGGAGAACCAACCUGUAUGGACUUGCCACUUUCAAGUGAUUCUGCUCCCACAGUGUCAGCCACUAAUGGUUCACAAUCUGGCAGACAAUUGAAUGGUGUUGACUGGCCCAAAGAUGAAGAGCCUUCUAAUGAUGUGGAUCUAAUGGACGUGAGCUCAUCAUCUAGUGUAGUUUCUGAAAAUGGCGACACACAAAACAAUGAUGGUCUCAUUAGUUGUCUACAACACAAGGAGGAAGCUUUUCACUCUCUGAGUGAUGAUCAUGCUGCUGCUAUCCAUAAUUCUGAUAAACAGUCACCCGAUACAUCUAGCAACUUGGAUGAUAUGGCUAUCGGCCGCAACAAUUACACCGAUAAAGUACGUCAUCCAGUGGAGCAUGUCCAGGAUGUUGUACUGGAUGAUAUUUCUAUGGUAUUGAGCAAACCUAUUGUUGUUUCAGAAGACGAAGAUAAAAUCAGUUCUGGGAUUGCUGAUGAUUUGUCUCUCCACCCUACCAAACCCAACCAAGAGGAAAUGCAGGAGUUGAAGAAAGAAUUGGAAGAAGGCAGAUCUCCAGAAUCAGGAAGUUCACCUAGCAAACUUGCAUCGCUGCCAGAUAAGGAUCAUGUUAUGUGGAUGAAUGAUGUAGAAGUCGACAAUGUUACAAUUCCUAAAGAAACCCCAACAGGUUUGGAUCCUGAUGGCAUCCACGAGCGUCAAGAUGGAAUUUCACCGAAACAUUCAAGCAUCCACAAUAAUGUACUGUAUGAAUCAUAUGAUGAUGGGAUUACUGAAGACAUGCACUCUUUACUAGAUGAUGGCCUAUCAACUACUUUCAAUAAGCAUGUUGCAGAGGACCAUCAAAUUGUUGUGCUUGAACAAAGGACUUGUCCAACUAGCCUCAACACAUGCAAGGAUGAUUCUAUGCAAGCAUGUGCCAUGGCCAGGGAUUUUACUGAUGCUCAAAAGCUUCCAGGAGUCGUUUCAGGUGUAUUAGCUUCUCAAGAGGAGACAGAAUCUCAUGUAGGAGAGACACUUGCACCCACGUCCUGUGCAUUUAGUGAUGAUACUAAAGCACUAGAGAUUGGUGUCCCUCUAGCCCCUAGUACUUCCUUUCUACCUAACACCAGUAGUUCCUUUGUAGAACAACAUGAAUUGACUGGAACGGAAGAAAUUCCAGAGGUUGCUGAAUUUGCGGUUGCAGAAGAAUCAACUACUAGUGGAUCCUUUGUAGAACAACAUGAAUUGACUGAAACGGAAGAAAUUCCAGAGGUUGGUGAAUUUGUGGUUGCAGAAGAAUCAACUACUAGUGGAUUUGCAAAUGAUGUGGUACCUCCCAAAGAGUUCAUUGAUGCUAACAUACAUCCUGAAAAGGCAGAGGUUCUGGCUACAAGUUCAACUGAAGAAGCCACUAGGCUGGAUUUGCAACUACAGUCUCCUUCCAGGGAAGAUUUGGAAACAAUGGAAGCUAUUCACAGAAAUCUUGGGGCAGUAGAUGACUCAAGAGAAGAUAUCUCUAAAAAGAGUAUGUUGCAGACAGACAAUAUUCCUCCUCUUAUUGUAGAGACUACAAGUGAAAAAUGUAGUGGCAGGGAUGAUGGAUGGUGCAGUAACCUGAAUAGUAACACAGUUGGGAAACAACCAGUGGAUGCUGAUCAAGAUUUGGCGUGGGGGGUGCACGCUCAAGAUUCUAGUAGUACAAACCCGUUCCUGGAUCCUGCCUACUUGAUGAGCCAUACUCAAAUUUAUCCAUCUUCCAGUAUGAACUGCCAACCAUGUUUCCCUGAAGAAGAGGAUUUCCUUUCAGAACUUCUAAUACAACAUGACAAUAUGGGAGUAACUGCUGAUGCCCUUUGGGAACCUGCAACUCCACCUGAUGAAGCACCAUUACCAUCAGAAAUUAUGACUGAAGAUGAUUUCAGAUCCUUCUGCCAUGAAUAUCAUGAGAUAGAUUUUUCAUCUGUCACUGAUUGUUCCCACAGUGAACCAGCCUCAGAUUCUAACAAAACUCCAAAUGCUUUUCUGGUCAGAGAGUCAGAUUUUCCAUGUUAUAACUCAGCCUUGCCAGUGAAGUUAGAUAAGGAAGCCUGUGUUCAUUCUAAGUUCUGUUCUGAGUGUGUUGAAUGUUCAUGUGCUGUGGAUGCACAAGGCACUACAUCAAUGACUGUUUCUGGUAAAGAAGAUCUCAAGGACAAGGGCGAGACAACAGGAGUAUAUUCCCAUUUAAAAUCUCCUGAGUUUUCCAAUGAUAACAGAAGUCCUGAAUUAAAUAUGCUCUCUGUUCCAGUGGAUAUACAGCAGGGACUGCAUGGCUUGUCUGGAGUUGAUUCUUGUAGUAGUUCCCCUUUGCUGCAUAAGGAGAAGACUAGUGAAAAAUGCUUCUUUCCUUUAAGCAACAACGUUGAAGUGAAACAAGAGCUGGAAAUCCGUGCCGACCUUGUUCCACAUUCUUCUAUUAAUGAAAAAAUAGAUGGACUGGAUGUUGCUGUACCAGUGGAACCAGAGGUACAUGCCUGUGCCUUGGAUGAAUACAACAACCAAGAUGUUCCACGCCGUUCAACUAGUGAGAAGAAUGAGGCCCUUACUUUGGGCAAACCUGUUCUAGCCCAGGGGCCAGAAGUUUGUGCCUUUGGUGGAUUUGAAUUUGAUCCUCCGAUCAUUCCAUCACCUUCAGUUGAUGAGACUAAGGACAAUCUAGAAGUCAGAAUGAACAUGAUCCUCCAAUCAUUCCAUCAUUCUUUGAGGACUUCUUUUCAAGCAGAACAGAAGUCAGAAUGUUGCACGUCAAGUGAACAUGAUUCUCAAAUAGUUCCAUUUCCUUUGCAUGAUGAGAAGAUCGACGAACUGGAUGGUCCUCCUUUGAGCAAUGCUGAUGAACUGGAUCGGGGAUCAAAAGUUUGUGUUCCACAUGGACAUGAUGCUCAAAUCACUCCAUGUUCAACUGAUGGGGAUAUACAUGAAUUAGAUCGCCCUCCUUUGAGCAGUUCCACUUUAGUGGAUCUUGAAUCAGAAGACCAUGUCUCGGAUGACCGUGAUUCCAAUGUCGCUUCCAAUGUCGCUCCAUGUUUGGUUAAAGAUAAGAUUGAUGAAUAUGUAGAUGCUCAACCAAACCUUCUUCCUGGGGAGCUAGAGCAGGAAACUCAUGCACCCCCUGAAUUAGACUUUCGAGUUGCUCCACAAUCAGUGAAGGAAUCUGAUUGCUCAACUGAAUUUGAUUCCCAGACCGCACCAUGUUCUUCAAAUAUACCAGUACUAGCUCACACAACAGUGUUGACUUGUAUUUCUGCCAUGCCUAGCAGUGAGGAAACGAAUCAGUGGUCUCCUGGUCCGCCACCCAAUGUACAAUUUCAAAAUGAUUCCUACAAAGAUCCUCAAGCACCACCCCCUGAUUCCUACAAAGAUCCUCAAGCACCACCCCCUCUCCCUCCUCUCCAAUGGAGGCUUGGGAAGCCUCGUCUAGGACUUCUGAGAAGAAAAGGCUGUAUGACUGAGCCUGUGAGGGUAAUAGAUCCUGUUUUGCAGAUAUCAAGCCAAGAGAUGGAUAUUAGGCUAGGUUUGCUUGAUCCAACGGAUAGAUCUAUAGAACCAGUACCCUCUCAAGAAAUCAAAGAAGAUAAAUGUGAGAGUUCCUUGAUAUAUCAUAAUGAUCAAAAUGUAGAUUUUGGAAGAUUAUCGACCAGGGUUGCAGUAAUUGAUGUUGCAAGGACUGAACACAGGCCAUCCUUAGAGGCUUCAGAGGACAUUAAGCAAGAGGGACAUAUUUCUGCAUCAGCAACAGGAGUUGAGGAACACCUGGAUGCUGGGGUCACAUCAACAACAGCAGAUGAGGAACAUCUGGAUGAUUCUGUAAUGACAGAUGGAACAGCUUUAUACUCACCAGAACCUCUGUUUCCAUUACCUGCAUAUGAACUGCAGGACCCUCAACCAGAUACUAGAGAAAAUAGUGAGCAUCCCAGCCAAACACAUGGAGCUGCAUCUGGAUAUGAUAAGUCAAUGGAUGCUGUUGGCAACAUGGAAAGCACCCUAACAAAAGGACAUGUUUCUGAAAAUAGGUGUUACCAGCAACAUCAGCAUGGUGAAUCAUCCUCAGAGACUUCAGACCAUGAAGAGCAUAUUACAAAUGCAUCAGAGGACAGUGUUAAGCAUCAGUCUGGUACAAGUGAGGCACCUUCAGACACAGCAAAACAUUCUGCACCAGGCACGCUGUUGAAAGGGAAUGGCCAAGAGAGUCAACUUUUACAAGAACAUAAUGUUGGGAGCUCCGAGGACGAUCAACCAGGAGGCCCAUUGCGCAGCUUAGAACCAAUGGCACCUCAAGAUUAUCCACAUGUUGAAUAUAAUUUAGAGAGGGAAAACAGAAACCAGGCCAGCAAAAAUAUAGAUGGCCUGGAAUGGCCUGGUGAUAAAAGUGAGUUGGUCACUGGCCUUGAUGAAGGUUGCUAUGCGCAUGCUGAGCUGCCACCUGUGAUGGGAUGGACUGUUGGACCUCAGAUGCUUCAUCCUAAAUAUGGUAUUUUAGUAGAAGAGAGCCAAUUUGAGCCUAAUAUCGCCGACAAUCAUUUGAUCAGGAAGCCUAUUUCAAUAAAAAACAUCCCAAGGAAUCCACUCGUUGAUGCUGUUGCUGCUCAUGAUAGAAGCUCGAUGAGAAAAGUUUCAGAGCUUGCACCAUCAACUGACAAGCUGAAGCCUAAUGAGAGAAACAUGUUGAUAGAACAGAUAAGAAACAAGACCUUCAGCUUGAAACCAGUUGCUCCAGCUAAGCCAACAGCCAUGAGAUCCCCUGCUAGAACCAGUACUAGAAACUUAAAGGUUGCCGCUAUCAUAGAAAAGGCAAAUGCCAUCCGACAGGCAGUGGGAAGUGACGAUGAAGACGCAGAUAGUUGGAGUGAUACAUAA